AUGUCUUCUGUAAAUGUUUGGUCAUUUUAUCCGAAUUUGGUUGGUUAUGGCCGCAUCAUACUGGCGAUACUCUCGUUUGAAGCAAUGACGUAUGCUCCAAUUAGAGCAGCGUUCUUUUAUGCGUUAAGUGUGGGACUCGAUGCUGUUGAUGGAAUACUGGCGAGGAAAUUUGAUCAGUGCUCGAGAUUUGGUGCAAUGCUUGACCAGCUGACUGAUCGUUGUGGUACUUUGGGUUUGGUAAUGGUGCUAGGGGUGUUCUAUCCAAAGUACCUUUUCUGGUUUCAAAUAUCUGCUGCUGUAGACAUUGCCUCACACUGGCUGCACUUUCAUGCUACUGACCUAACUGGUGCAAAAACGCACAAGCUCUCUGAUAAUCUAAUACUUAAUCUGUAUUACACUUCGCGAAAAUUCCUAUUCUUUAUGUGUGCCGGUAAUGAGGCAUUUUAUUGGCUGUUAUAUAUUAAUUAUUUCUGGUCGGGUCCUGGUUUUUUUGGAAUUCAUUUUGUUCCGUUUCUCGCUUUUUGCUGUUUCCCAGUAAGCUUUCUGAAGUCAGCAAUUAGCGUGGUGCAUCUGAUUACAGCAUCAAAGACCGUUGUUUCGUAUGAUGUUGCUCAGAGGGUGAAGUGA